AUGAAGCUGUUUUUCGUUAUGUUCCCCCUGUUCGUGAUGCUCCUCACCGUGGACUUCACAGUGGCUUCAUCCUAUGAUGCUUUUUAUGGUGGUGACAGCACCUCGAUAAUAACACCAAACUGCAAAGAGUAUGCUAUUCCAGGAUGUCCAAGAGACUUAAACCCUGUAUGUGGAACAGAUUCCUUAACAUAUGCCAAUGAAUGUAUACUUUGUGAGAAAAAUAGGGAGAAAGGCCAGGAUGUUCAAAUCAAAUGGAGAGGUCCCUGCUGA